CAGAAAAUGUUUGUCAUAUUUGUUUUUCUGUUGAUGAUCGCAGUGGGCUGCUGCACAACUGAUCAGAACUUUGAGAUGAAAUCUGUUGCUGCGCAACAAAAUGUGACUUUGACGUGUCCUCGUACAUUUCCACACAAAGCAAAUUUAUUUUGGAUCAGAAUAAUUUCUGGUCACCAGCCGGAAUUCUUGGGAGGAACAUAUGGCUUUGAUUAUGAAGGAGUUCAUCAGACUCGUCAUUUUACAACCAAACAAGAACCUGGAACUUUUAUUCUUUACAUUAAUCAAAGUCAGAUCAGCGACACUGGACUUUACUACUGCAUCGGAACUGAAACCCUUGAAAUGACCUUUGUGAGAGGAGUGUUUCUAAAGGUUAAAAGGCCCCAAUCUUCCAUCUCUGGCAUCUUUCAAGCUCCUCCGUCUGCUGCGGUCCAUCCAGGAGAGUCGGUGUCUCUGCAGUGUUCGGUCCUCUCUGACUCUGAGAAGAAAACAUGUUCAGAAGAUUACAGAGUUCACUGGUUCAGAGCAGGAUCACAUCAAUCUCACCCCGAUUUCAUUUAUACUCAUGGAGGCAAUGCAGAGUGUGGAAACUCUUCCCAGAAAUGUUUCUAUAGCUUCUCUAAGAAGGUCAGUGUCUCUGAUGCUGGUACUUAUUACUGUGCUGUGGCUGCAUGUGGAGAGGUCAUGUUUGGAAAUGGAGCAAAACUGGACAUUAAAGAAGCCAACACAGCCCUUUACAGUCUUGGUGCAGCUUUUGUUGCAACUAUGAUUGUUUCAGUCUGUCUCAUUUGGACGAAUGACAAAAAGGAUUAUAACGACGUGAAGACAGUCGUCAUGUACAGCAGAAUGUCUAAAACCUCGAGCAAAACCAGACAGCAGUGAUCAGCAGACAGAUGAAGCUUCAUUGAUCUAUUCUGCACCAACCUUCAGCAGGAGAAAAGUUACCAAAGCGGAAAGAGGAAACACACUCCGAUCAGAAAGAGAGAAGUGUGAUUGGCUUUUUAACCACUGAGUGACAAUUUACACACAAAAAAAAAAAAGGUUGUUAUCAUGAU